ACCAGCUGUAGAUUCUUGGUUUGGAUUAUCUUGUUGCUUGGUGUUCUUUGGUGUGUUUGUUUGUUGAUCCUCACAGAUUCAUUCACGAGGGAAAGAUGUUGAUCUUGAGCACUACACAUUUAUUUGUGUUCUUGCUUAGCUUUCCCAACAUAUUAUGCAUCAUAAUAAAAGUCGGUAGGUAAGUGAACUGGUCCUGCAACUACCAUUCUCCGGCACCAUCCUUCCAUACGGCACCUUCUUCCAUGGGCGAAAAUGGCGGAGUGAGCAGUAGUACAAGUUCAAGAUGGUCUCUAUCUGGAAUGACCGCUCUUGUCACCGGAGGAACUCGCGGAAUCGGGCGCGCGGUCGUGGAAGAACUCGCUGAAUUGGGCGCCUCUGUGUACACGUGUUCGAGGAAGGAAGAAGAGCUGAACCAGAGCUUGGAAGUUUGGGCUUCUAAGGGCUUCAAAGUCUUCGGUUCCGUCUGUGAUGUGUCUUCUCCAGAGCAGCGUGUCCUUCUAUCGCAGAGGGUUUCAUCCGCUUUUGAUGGCAAGCUCAACAUUCUCAUUAACAAUGCGGGGACAAACAUUCGAAAGUCAACAACCGAGUAUACUCCUGAUGAGUAUUCUCACAUCAUGGCCACCAACUUGGACUCCCCUUAUCAUCUCUCUCAACUUGCUUACCCUCUCCUGAAAGCAUCCAGAGCUGGAUCCAUUGUCUUUGUUUCCUCUGUUGCUGGCUUGGAGCACAUAUCUUCUGGAUCAAUUUAUGGAGCCUCCAAAGGGGCUAUAAAUCAACUGACAAAGAAUUUGGCUUGUGAAUGGGCAAAAGACAACAUCAGGGUCAAUUGUGUGGCUCCUUGGUACAUCAAAACCUCUCUUGUCGAUCAUUUGCUAGGGAACAAAGAGUUUCUGGGGAAGGUGGUGUCUCGGACACCUCUGAGGCGACCAGGGGAACCUCAAGAGGUCUCGUCGGUGGUUGUGUUCCUUUGUCUUCCUUCAGCUUCUUAUGUGACUGGGCAGGUUAUUGCUGUUGAUGGUGGUUUCACAGUGAAUGGCUUUGAAAGUUAAAAGGCAUGUAAGCACCUUUGUAUUGUAUCCAUUGUUCACUUACUGUACAUUGCCAACCGAGCCUAAAUGAGUCAUUAUUGACAAUAUUUUAGGUUCAGGCACUUCAUGGACUAAAUAAAAAUGAAACAUUAAGGCCUUG